AUGAGUCAAUACGCCCACGUUCCCAAGUCGGAACUUGACGAGGAAAAAAUUCGAGCUCUUGAAGAACAUGAAAUCGCGACCGGUCCCUUGUCAGUCCUGCAGAGUAGUGUAAAGAACCAUACACAAAUCUUGAUCGCUUUAAGAAACAACCGGAAAUUACUAGCACGUGUUAAGGCUUUCGAUAGACAUUCUAACAUGGUUUUAGUCAACGUAAAGGAAAUGUGGACAGAACUCCCGAAAGGCAAAAACAAAAAACCUGUCAACAAGGAUCGAUUCAUCUCCAAGAUGUUUCUCAGGGGCGAUUCUGUGAUUCUCGUUUUACGACACAAUGCUUAA